CCCUUCCUAUUUCCCCUCUCUGUUUCUCCUUCAGGCAUCGCGCCGCGAAACCUCUCUCUCAGCCGCCGCGCCACUCUCUCAGUCGCCGCCGUCACUCAGAAGAAAGUUCAGGAAGAUGGUAAACUUCUCAGAAGAAUGGUUUGCUGUUGUUGAUUUUGUUUUCAUUACUAUGCAGAGAAGUAUAUGAAUUUUUGAAGCUUCAGAACCAGGAACCACAAGAACCGAACCGGUGCAGGCAGGUCCGGGUUGGUUUGGUCUUGCCACCGAACUGGUCUUCAUUUCCGGUUCAGGUUCCGGUUUCACGAGAAAACUGGUAGCGCUAGUUUAAGCUUUCAUUUUCUUCGAUUCUCUGGUUUUCUUCGCUGGCCACAAAAGCUAUGCAAGCCCUUAAACGCAUAGCGACAAAGACCGAGUUCCAGAGACUCUCAUCCACAAUCACCAAAACCCAUUUCAUAUCCAGCACCAAUUUCAGACCCUUCUCCUCCAACUCAAAGAAAGGCGACGAUGACUGGAAUGACGCCUGGGAGACCGCGUGGCUCCCGCCCGACCUCUCGGGAAGUAGUAGCAGAGCUCCAUGGGAGGCCGAUGUCAAUUUCUCGUCUUCAGAGUCGAGCGUAGUGCUUCCCUCGGAUGCGGACCUAGAGACCAAGGCGUUCGUGGAGGACAUGAAUGAGAAUUGGAAUGAGAGAAGAAAACCCAAAGAGGAAAAGCAGCAGAGUGAGAAUGGGUCGUCGCUUUAUAGCUUGGAUAGUAUUAAGAAGGAUUAUAGGAUCAAGAAACAAAGGAUUCAUGCUGGCCUUUGGAUGAAGGAGAUUGAGAAGCAAGAGGAGGCUAAGUUGGCCGACUCGAAUUCUUUUGGUGGUGGGGACGAUAUCGAGCGAUUGCUCGAUAGCUGCUCCGACAUUUUUGAUUCUGCCAACAAUGAUUUGGAAAACUCUAAAGCCCCGAGUGCUUCCGACUUCAAAAACAAACCGGAUGGUUGGGAAACGACAUCCAAGGCUAAGGAUGGAAAUGUAUGGGAGAUGACACAGAGAGAGGAAGAUAUUCUUCUCCAAGAGUUUGAGCGUCGAAUUGCGUACAAUAAAUUUCAGAUUGCUAGUUUUAUCAAGACUCACAUAUUUAGCCGGAGGAGACCAAUUGAUGGGUGGAAAUACAUGAUAGAGGAGCUAGGGCCAAAUGCGAGGAAAGGGAAGGGUUCUGUUACAAGAUUACCGAGUCUAUCCGAUGCAUCAACCCAACCCUUUAAGGAGGAAAACAGUGCAAUGAGUGGCAGCAGCAUUAUGCCCUUUAAGGAGAGGUAGUUUGCUUUUGGAUUAUGUUCAUAUAUUCCCGUGUGCUUGGAGAUUUCAGAGAUUGGGCAGUAAUGACCUUCCUUUCUUUAGAGAUACCAGCGUCGAAAGUAUUCAUAGCUACCAUAUAAAUUCAUUCUGGUAAUUUUGAUCUCUGGCUUUCUCAAUGUAUGAUCGUACCAUCCUGUAGGCAACUGAAAAUGCAAUUAAUGUAAGUGAAAGAAUGUAUGCGUUUCCUUCAAACCCGCUGUUCCAACUUCUGAAUGGCAUAUUAACUUAUAAGCCUUCAAUAUGGUUUCAAUGUAAAGAAUACCCUUUUGCAUUUUUA